AUGAGAUUCUGUAAGCUGUUAGCAAUUCAUUUUUUUGUUUCUUUUAUCCAUUACAGCUUAUUUCUUCCACCCAAGAAGCAGCGCCUUGGAUGGGGGGAAGGCCUUGCCAAGUAUGAGAAAAAGAAGGUUGACCCUGAAGAUAUUCUUGAUAAAGAGGCUGCAGCCAGAAAUGGUAUGGUUGAUGGUGUCACUGGCUCUGAACCUUUGCUUACUAGUCCUUCUAGUUUGACUGAUGAAAGCCCCACUGUCAAUGGUUAUUUAGAAUGUGCAUCUCCUGCUACUCCUUACUCGUAUGCCUGCACUUCCUCUUUAGAAUUCAGCAAACAGAAACUCGGAGCUGCAAAAAACUGUUCUGCUACCCAAAAGGGCAACCACAAACUCACUGAUGUUGUCCUUCCUCUCACACAAGAUUGGAGGAAAACAGGAAUUGUAAGCCCAGUCAAGAACUAAGGAUCCUAUGGAUCUUGUUGGACAUUCAGUACUACUGGAGGUCUUGAAGCUGCAUAUGCCCAAGCUUCUGGGAAAUCAGCUUCUCUCUAUGAACAACAACUUGUAGACUAUGCUCGUGAUUUUAACAACUUUGGUUGCAAUGGUGGGUUGCCUUCACAAGCUUAUGAAUACAUCAAAUACAAUGGUGGACUUGACACUGAGGAAUCUUAUCCUUACACCGGAAAAGAUGGUGUCUGUAAAUACAAAUCAGAAAAUGUUGCAGUUAAAGUUAUUGAUUCAGUCAACAUCACCAUGGGUGCUGAGGAUGAAUUAAAUCAUGCAGUGGGUGUUGUUCGUCCAGUGAGUGUGGCGUUUCAGGUGAUUAAUGGGUUUCAUCAGUACACAGGAGGAGUUUUCACUAGCGAUGUUUGUGGGAAUGAUCCAAUGGUGAUAUUUGACUUCCGGUUUUGUGCACUUCUGGCUGUUGCAGGCUCAUUAGCUGGCUCAUUGCUAUGCUUUCUUGAUGGGUUACUCAAGGAAAAUGCAAAUGGUAGCAAAUACUGGGCAUAUGGAGGUGACUUUGGAGAUACACCAAACGACUUAAAUUUCUUCUUAAAUGGUCUCAUAUGGCCUGAUCGGACUCCUCAUCCUGCUCUAAAUGAUUACAAACACCAAUUUCUUUCAAACAACAGAAGAUCUAGAGUUUAAUUGGGCAAGGUGAUGGAUCUAAACUUGAUUCUGAAACUCUCAGUCUACCAACAUUAGAGUUUAAUUGAGUGAUUGAAGGUGAUUUUGGUUCUUGAAACGAAACUCAAGAUAUCAGAUUUUGGCAUGGCUAUAAGUUUUAGAGGAAACGAGACUCAAGCAAAAGUAAACACAUAGAGAGUUGUUGGCACAUAGUAAGCUAGAUGAUGCAAUUGUAUAUAAACAAGUUCAUUUUUUUAUAACAUUUACUCACUUUU